AUGGAAGCUGAAACUAGCACUACUACUGUAGAGAAUAAUGCUGAAAGUAGUGAGAAUAAUGUUCAUGACUUGAGUUUUUAUGAAGAAAAAGAAGAGGAAGAAGAUGACAUUAUUUUGAAGAAGAGUAUCUCGAGUCACCCUUUGUUUGGAGUUUUGAUUCAAACCCACUUGAGCUGCUUGAAGGUGGGUUUAGGUGAACUUGGAGAGUUUGGUACAACAAAUGCAGCAAACGCCAGACCUACUUCUACUCACAAACCAACCCUUCCAACCUCUUCUGAACUUGAUCGUUUUAUGGAAGCAUACUGCAUUACCCUUGGGAAGCUGAAAGAAGCCAUGGAGGAACCACUGCAAGAGAUAACAUGUUUCAUUGAUGCAAUGUACAUUCAACUGAAGGAGCUCUGCGAAACCCACGCCAUUAAUAAUCCACAACCCAACCCUCCAACUUCUUAGAGCCUAUUUUAUAUCCAUUCUUGGGAGUUUUCAGAAGGCUCCGGCCAUUGUCCUACUUUGUUAUAACUUGAUCUCUACAAUAUGGUUUGUUCUUCCUUGGAGUUGUUCGUUCGUGUUCAAUUUUAGUUGAUAAUCAGUGUUAAUUAUUAGAAAGCAACUUCUUUACACAAAAAUCGAAAUGAAUACAUACGCAAUUUCAA